AUGGCUAAUCGUAGAAAUAUCGAAACAUCUAAACCAUACACCUCUAUUGACAGUUUCAAUGAGAUUUGUGAAGCCUUAGACAAUUUCAUUGAUGCUGCCAAUAUAGAGUUAUGCUCUAGAAAAUCCGAUGACGAUCGACUCAUCACGAUUCAAUGGCAUCACAAGUCUAUACAAAAUUAUGCAAUUUUAAUUAAAUUUUUUAGAAAAUAUAGCUUCUCAGUUCCUCAAAAACAUAGGAUCUUAACGUUAUUACAUCAUAUAAAUUACUUGAAAUGCCACUUUGAUUCGCUGAUGAAGCGCGGUGCAGGACUUAAUCAAUCAAAUGAAAAAAUUAAAUGGGCUCUAACUGAUUCGGCUUUUAAUAAUCGAUUACAAACCGGUACAGUCAUUAAUUUAAGUCACUUAGAUGUUAAUGAAUUUUUAGAUGAUGCCUUUGUUCCUUUUGAAAAUCACAUUAAAACUUGCUUAGACACGUUCGGUCCGUUGAAAGUAUAUACAGUAUUCAAUGCAAAAUAUAAAAAGGUUUUACCUGACGGUACUACAGAAUUCGAUAUAAAAUAUUUCAUUAAUAAGACAGAGUCAAUUUUCCCUUCAACUGAGUUACGCGAUUGGUAUAAUGAUUAUGUAAAGCAGAAAACACUUAAAGAAAUUGAAGAUUUUCAAGAUAAAGAAUCAAAUUGGCAACUCUAUUCAAUCCAUAGAUUAGAUGUCAAUAUUAACAAAUACAAUCCUUUGCGUGUUGGUUCUUUCAUUGAUCUACCGCCAUCUAUUAAAGCUAAACGUGCCUGUGUCAAUGUUAGAAAUGAAAAGGAUAAUGAAUGCUUCAAGUGGGCAAUAUUAUCGGCAUUGUAUGAAGCUUCUUCAAACCCAUCUCGUUUGCAAAACUAUGCAUAUAUUCAACAUCAUUUAAAUUUCACUAAUAUUAAAUUCCCCGUAGCACUCAAUGACGUUGCAAGAUUUGAAGUGCUUAACAAUAUUUCAGUAAACGUUUAUUGUCUUGUUAAACGAAAGGGGGAAUUCACAGUCUCGCCAAUACACCUAACCUCACAGAAACAAUCCAAACAUGUUAAUCUUCUACGCGUUGAUGAUCACUACAUUGAUGAGGAUGAUGAUAAAGAAGAUUCCGCAAUUUCCAACAAAUUCCACUAUGUUUGGAUAAAAUCUCUAUCACGUCUUAUAAAUAACCAAGUAUCCACAAAUGAGCACAAGUUAUUUAUUUGCGAUCGUUGUCUUCACUACUUCAGGAGCAACGAUAAACUUACCGAGCACGUUGAGGAUUGUCAAAAAAUGAAUAACACCAAAAUCAUCUUACCGAAACCAGGAUCUAGUAGUAUUCAAUUCAAGAAUUUUAGUAAUAAAGAAAAAGUACCAUUCAUCAUUUAUGCAGAUUGCGAGAGUCUACUAGUUCCAGGGGAGAAUUCUUCAUCUAUGGGAUGUCAGACAGAAGUAGUUCAACAGCAUCAACUUCUCAGCAUCGGAUUUUAUUUAAAGAGUUAUGAUGACUCUUUAAAUGAAUACAGGGCAUCACCCAAGAAUGAAGAAGAUCCGGCAAGAUGGUUUGCAAAAGAGUUGAAAAAGUUGGCGGAAGAAAUUGAACCUACAUUUAUGGUAAAUAUUCCAAUGGAUACUCUAAAUGCAGAUCAAAAAGCUGCAUUUAAAGUAGCUAAUAUUUGCCAUAUUUGUAUGAAAACUAUCAAGCAUGGAGAAGUAAAAGUUAGAGAUCAUUGCCAUCUGACUGGGGUGUAUCGAGGUGCAGCCCAUCAAGAUUGUAAUGUCAAUUAUCAAGAUUCUAGAAUAGUUCCUGUAGUCUUCCAUAAUUUAAGUGGUUAUGAUGCACAUUUUAUUAUUAAAGCAAUCGCGAAUGAGUUUGAAGGUAAAAUUGACGUUCUUCCCAUUAACAAGGAAAAAUAUAUUAGUUUUACCAAACAUGUUGAAGCAAGUCUCAUUAAAUUUAGAUUCAUUGAUUCAUUUAGAUUUAUGGCAUCAUCUUUAGACAAAUUAGCAUCAUAUUUAAACGAAUACAAAAUUGUCAAAUCAAACUUUUCAAACUAUAGCGAUAAUAAAGUUAAUUUGUUAACCCGAAAAGGAGUUUUUCCUUACGAGUAUCUCGACUCUAAGGAAAAACUCGAAGAAACUCAGUUACCCCAAAAAGAAUGUUUUUAUAGUACAUUGAAUGAUUCAAAUAUAUCAGAUCAAGAAUAUUUACAUGCUCAGCAAGUAUGGUCAGAAUUUAAUUAUCCUGCACACUAUUACACGACACCGGGUUUUACUUGGGAUGCUAUGUUAAAAUAUACAAAUGUAAAACUAGAACUGCUCACUGACAUUGAUAUGAUAAUGUUUAUUGAACGUGGUAUAAGAGGGGGUAUAAGUCAAUGUACAAAUCGUUAUGCCAAAGCAAAUAAUCAAUAUAUGAAAGAGCACAAUGUCAAUGAGGAGACUUCUUACAUUGUAUAUUUAGACGCUAAUAAUCUAUAUGGUUGGGCCAUGGUACAGUCUCUUCCCUAUGGUGAUUUCAAGUGGGUUUUAGAAUUUGACAAUAACUUUAAUUUUAACGUUGUAGAUGAUGCAACUAUAGGUUAUAUUUUGGAAGUUGAUUUAGAUUAUCCUACAGAACUACAUAAUAUGCAUAAUGAUUUCCCAUUUUGUCCUGAACACUUGAAACCACCAGGGUCAAAGCAAGAAAAGCUUCUAACUACUCUCCAACCGAAACGAAAAUACAUUCUCCAUUAUCGUGCACUUAAACAAGCAUUAGCCAAUGGGCUUAAGUUGGUUCACAUCCACCGCAUUUUACAAUUUAAACAGUCAACUUGGCUUAAAGAUUAUGUCGAUUUCAAUACUAGUCAACGAACAAAGGCUAGUAAUGAAUUCGAGAAAAACUUGUUUAAAUUAAUGAACAAUGCGGUGUAUGGUAAGACAAUGGAGAAUGUACGUAAUCACGUAAACGUGAAACUCGUGACAAAGUGGGAGGGUAGGUAUGGGGCAGAAGCUUUAAUUGCUAAACCUAACUUCCACACGCGAGCUAUCUUUAACGAAAAUUUGAUAGCUGUGGAACUUAAGAAGACUGAGGUGUACAUGAAUAAGCCGAUUUAUAUAGGUCUUAGCGUGUUAGACAUCUCAAAAACUCUGAUGUAUGAUUUUCACUAUGAUUACAUGAGGAAAAAGUAUGGAAUGAAUUGUAAACUGCUUUAUACUGACACUGACAGCCUUAUUUAUAAUAUCAAAUGUGAGGAUGUCUAUUCUGAUAUGAGAGCAGACAUUUUCAAAUUUGAUACUUCGGAUUAUCCCAUGAAUAAUGUAUAUGGCAUUCCGCAAGCCAACAAAAAAGUGUUAGGUCUUAUGAAAGACGAAUGCAAUGGCAGGAUUGUCACUGAAUUUGUUGGUUUGCGUAGUAAAAUGUAUAGUUUACGUGUGGAUAAUCAAGAUUUCUUAAAAAAGGCAAAAGGUGUAAAGUCUAAUGUAGUUAAGAAUCAUAUAACUUUUAAUGAUUACAUUUAUUGUUUAAAAAAUAUUAAAAUCCAAUCUCGAACUCAAUAUUCCAUUCGCUCCAAACUCCACAAGGUCCUUACUUUAAAACAGAAAAAAAUAGCCCUAAGUCCCUACGAUGACAAAAGAUUUUUAUUGAAACACAACACUGACACUCUUGCAUGGGGUCAUUAUAUUAUAGAAAGAGAUAAAGUCAUAGAAAACGAUGUAGAAAUGAUAGAAUUAUAA